AUGGAUUUCACGCUCAGGGGCGAGGACAGGAGGAUUCGUCACUGCGAGUACUUCCACCUCGCAAAGGGCCGGGAUCUCGGGUUCAACACGGUGCUAGGCUUCUUCUCCAAGCUUUCCUCGGGUACUGGGGAGCAGGUCCUCACCCGUCAGACUUUCAGGCUCGGCCAAGUGUUGCACCUCCCAGAGGCGCUGACUUUCUACUACGCGCACGUGGGUUACUAUUUCACGCAGUUCUUCGUUUCGAUGAGCAUGCCUCUGUUGAUGUUCGUCUGGCUUCUUGUGCUGCUUUCAGACUGCGAGUCUAGCUUCAGCGCCUUCAUGCACUGCUCGGCUGACCAGACGGCGGCCGCAAUCAUGGGGAAGGCCUUGGGAACAUGGUUCUCAGUGUUACUGCUCCUGUUCUUAGUUGCUACCUCACUGCCCCUGUUUACCGAGAUCUGGAUGGAGAGGAGCCUCAAAACCGCGGUGGUCCGAUUCCUGAGGUCGAUGUUCACCUUGUCCCCGCUGAUGUUUAUCUUCCAAGCGAAGGUCAUCGGACAUUACGUUGUCAACGAGCUCCGCUACGGCGGGGCCACCUACGUGAGCACCGGCCGUGGACUGCCCACGGAGCGGCGGCCGUUCAUCGGUGAGAUCGCGGAGAACGGCCUGAAGCUCAAGAAGGUCGGGGGACUCUUCCUGGACUACGCGGUGAUCUCCUACUACGACGGGGCCACGCUGUUCGCGGGGGCCGUUGUGGUGUGCAUCUCGGGCGCUGUAGCGGGCGUCGGCGCCAGCAGCGGCGCGACGUGGAUCUGGCUCUCGCUGGGCCUGACGAUCGGCUCGUGGCUCUUCGCCCCUUUCGUCUUCAAUCCGUACCAGUUCGACGCCGGCCACUUCUACAACGAUGCCAGGUGCCUCCUGGCCUUCUUCUGGGAGGAGAGCGGCAAGCGCUGGGCUGACUGGUACGAGAGGACGCAGCUGAAGCCCAAGAGCGGUGCCACCUCGGUGGUUGACCUCAACUUCUUCUUGGCCUUCUUCUUCCUGGUGGCGAUGUUCGAGUCUGUCAACCUGAAGGUGGAGGCCUUCAGCGCCAUCUACACCGAGAGGUCCAACCUGCAGGAGCGCACCAUCGCCGUGCUCAUGCCCCCGCUGUGCGCAUCCUUCGUCUACUGCCUCCUCGCCGUCGUCUUCGAGAGGCUGAUGGGCUGGCGGGGCGUCCUGCGCCGAAGGCGCUACCGGCGCAGGGGCGGCGCGGCGGCGUCCAAGAUGCUCCGCGGCGCCUCCGCGCGGACGCGUGGGCGCCUGCCGACCCUGGGCACGCCCGUGGCCGCCGCCGCCGAGCUCGCGGCCGCGGAGGAGGGCCAGGCGGGCGCGGCCCCGCUGGGCGAGGAGGCGGAGGGGCAGGACGCCAUGCUCGGGGGCGCCCCGGGCGAGUCGGAGGACGAGGACGAGGACAACCCCGAGGUCGAGGCGCACGCCCGCAACGAGGACCGCGCCGUGCCCGAGAGGCAGAGGUCCCACCUGACGCGCGGCGACGGCGCCUCCGAGGCCGCCGUGGCGGAGCCGUGCUGCCUCGGCGUGCCCAUGGCGAUGUCGGCGGGCAUCGUGGUGCUCCUGGACGUCGUCGAGGCGGGCGCCGCGCUGCAGGACGUCUGGUGGGUCGGCUGGUACAACGCGCUGCUGGCCGGGCUCAUCCUGAAGUGGAUGAUGCUGGUGUUGCUGCUCGGCGUCGGGGAGGGCGUCCUCCGGUCCCACUGGUUCUGCCUCUGCGGAUGCUUCGGCAUGCCGCUCCAGCUCUGGGUCAAGGCGCACCGCAUGGCUCGGGACAUGUUCGUGUCGUCCUUGAUCAUGGCGGUGCUCUCGCCAGUCGUGUUGCUGAACUACUGCAACGAGAAGCUCUGUCCCGGGUGCAGCGUGCACCAGCUGCUGAUCUACAGGGACCCCGGGCACCUCGCCCGGAAGGAGGCCAUCAUAGUGGACAUGGCCGACGAGGAGCCCUCGCCCCGACAGGGAGACGAUCUGUUCGAGGAAGGCGCGGCGCCCCCCAGUGGCGUGGCCAUGGUGCAGCCCGCCCCCCCGCGGGUCGUCGUGUGA